AUGUCGUUCACUCCCCCCGCUGGUAUGGACAAGGCCUGCAUCCCCGGUGAUGUGGACAACGGUGAGAAGCUCUUCAAGGCUCGCUGCACCCAGUGCCACACCAUCAACAAGGGUGGCGGAAACAAGCAGGGUCCCAACCUGUACGGUCUGAUCGGCCGCAAGUCUGGCAUGGUUCCCGACUACAAGUACUCGCCCGCCAACAAGAACGCCGGCGUCACGUGGACCAACGACACUCUCUACAACUACCUUGAGAACCCCAAGAAGUACAUCCCCAAGACCAAGAUGGCCUUCGCUGGUUUCAAGGCCCCCCAGGACCGUGCCGACGUCACCGCCUACAUCGUCAAGGCCGCGCAGGAGUAA